AAAAUAAACAAAAACAAGCCCACGGGAUGCUAUAGACAUGGAUUGUGUGGAUCUUCAGGGCCCAACUCCCUAACCAAUAUGGGCUUAAGAAUUGGACCGAACGAUCCGCCCAAGGGUUCAUGGGCUCACAACAAUGCUAUCUUUCACGAGCUCAUAGAUGAGCCAAAGCACGACGCCAAUUAGAGUGUCCCUAAGCAAGCUCUUGAGUAUUUUAAUGCCGGCCGAAGCAACGAAAGAGGACCCUCCGCCGCCGUCAGAAGAUCUCUGCCCGACGAGGUCCCGAAACCGUAGGUCUCCCAGAUCGGAAACAAGCGCAUAUACGACGCCGUUCAUGUGGCCCUUUCCGAUUACCCCCACCACGUUCUUGCCGCCGUUCACUGCUUUGCUCCGUUUCAGAGACCAAGCCAGAGAAUUCCAAGCCCUUUCAAGCUGCAAUUCGACAAAAGAUCAACAAGAUAGAACGGAAACCCACCAAGGAAGAACUGGGUUUCACUAAUGAAGAAGCAAUUCGUACAGUUAUCUCAAUUGGGCGAUCCCCUAGUACUAGUUGAGCUCCAACUUCCUCUGACAACUUUCGAGCUGCUCUGAACUGCCAAGAUGUGACCAAGUAAUUAGCAUCAAGCUGUUCGAUUCAGGAAAUGUGCAAUUGAUUUGUGGUUUAGCAUACUUCAUCCCCAAAAGGACGGUUCACAUCGGAGGAAACUUUUGAGGAGAAGAUCGCUAGAAGAAGUCGCAAAGCCAGAGCAGUUUGGCCUCCUGCAACAUCAACCCAAAUUAAUUUGUUAGAGCUGGAGCACUGGAAUUUGUGGAGCAGAAUCAG